GGCACGUGCAGUAGUGUCAGGAGUGUCGCCACACAAGUGCACUCGGUUCCCUGUGCUCCCCAGAAUGUGCAAGUCCAGAUGAAUUGUACAGCCGGUGCCAUGACCGUAACCUGGGCAACCAAUCCAGAUGCAGAAUCCUUCUAUGUGGAUGCAGUGAGCAGCAACAUCAGCCUGUCUUGUAACACAUCUGGCACAAGCUGCUCAAUCAGAAGCCUGGUCUGUGGUUUGUCCUUGUCCAUAACAGUGAGGGCGGUUCGGGGCAAGUGUCAGAGUGAACCCAGUGCAGCUGUACAAGCUUUAUCGGCUCCAUGCAUACCUCAGGAUCAGAGUGGCAGCCUUGACUGUGUGACCAACUCUGUCUGGGUGUCAUGGCAACAAACAGCUGGUGCGGAGUCUUACCAGGCGUUUGCAAUGUCGGGAGAUGGGCAUAAUUCCACCUGCAGCACCUCUGAUCUUUUCUGUAACGUUCCCAACCUUCAGUGUGGCAUGCAGUACGCCAUCCAGGUUACCACCAUGAACUCCUGGUGUGCCAGUGAACAGUACAACAACUCCUUCUAUAUCGAGACAGGGCCCUGCUCUCUGAACGACAUCAGCGUGGUGACAGAGUGCCGCAGCAGCUCCAUAAGAGUCAGCUGGCUCAUGCAGUCCAGCGCAUCCAUCUUCAUUGUCACAGCAGAAGGGCAGGACCUCAGCUUCCUGGGGUGUAAUAGCACCGGUAAUUCCUGUGUGCUUCAUGGCGCUCGCUGUGGCAUGCAGUAUGCCAUCAUAGUCUCUACCAGCUCAAAUAAGUGCAGCAGUCUCCGCAGUCGUCCAUACUACAUCAGCACAGCCCCAUGCGCUCCUCAGGCACUGAGCAUAAACCCACUGUGUGAUACAGAGAGCGUGUUGGUGUCCUGGUCACCCUCUAACCUUGCUCAGUCCUACUAUCUAACAGCCACUAGUUUGGACGGCGACAUCCAAAACUGCAGCAGCACUACAGAGAACUGUACCCUGAGCCGCCUGUACUGCAGCCGGCCAUACACACUCAGCGUGAUUGCUUCAGACGGGAACUGCACCAGCCCUGCCAGCCAGGUCCUCACCUUCGUCACAACUCCAUGUGUACCUCUGAGCCUGAAUGUGUCUGUGCCAUGUGGAAACAGCUCGGCCACACUCUCCUGGUCCUCCAGCAGGGGCACGGUGCGGUACUACGCCUCGGCCAUCAACGCACAAGGGGACAAACUUCAAUGCAACACCUCAAGCACUUCCUGUACCAUAGCAGGCCUUCAGUGUGGAAUGUUGUAUAACUUCAGUGUGCAAGCCUCAGAUGCAGUAUGCAACAGCUCCUGCAGUUCACUAGUAGAGAAAGGAACAGUGCCGUGUCCUCCAACUUCAGUAAGCAUAGUCACUCAUAAUAUGGAUAAUGCCUCUCUGGUAAGAGUGAGCUGGAGCGCCGUGGCUUGCUCGGCUGUCCAGUAUUUGGCGCAGCUCCAUGGCCAGUUCCUCUACAAGCCCCUCGCUCUCGUGGAGGUGGCAUCAUACUGGACAGAGCAGACAUAUUUUGAGUUCCUGAUGCCCUGUGACAUCCUCUACUCAGUGGUGGUCAUCGCUGGAAGUGGAGCAGGAAAUGGAGUGCCGUCCUUUGCUGUCAAUGGAUCUACAGGUUUCUGCUCAGUGUACAGUACUAGCACCACAGGCUCAACACCAAGUCGUCAUAGGAGAGACUUGCGAGAGGCAGAGAUUCUGGUGGAACUAGAAGACGAAGGCCUGCUGCUGGUGCCUGAAGUCAACGUUGUGUUUGUGGAGGGCGUGACCCUGCAUGUGGAGUGGGCUCCAGUCAUUGGUGCAAGUCAUUACACCCUAAUUGUGAAGGAAGACACUAAAUCUCCUCCCUCCAAAAUAGUCCUGACAGUUGAAGGCGAGGUCUCGGAUGUCCCCAACCUUAAACCUGCAACACGCUACUGUGUCACUCUGUCUGCCAAGAGCUCCACUACACAGAGCGCCUACUCCACCCCAGUGUGUAUCACAAGUGGGAUUCCUAUCUGAAUCACAACGACCUUCAUGUCUGGGAGAGAAAAACAAUAUGGGCACCAGCUCAUCCCUGCUAUUAGAACAUUUGCUGUAGUGAACUACUUUUGAGUCAUAUAAUUACACCCAAGAUUGGCCUUGAAAAUAUUAAAAACAAAUUUGAUAGCACUACCACAGUUUGUCAAGAUCCAAUAUUGUAUUUCACAUUCCAGUACUGUGAUUGUCAUUAUGGAACCGAGAAAUAAACACCAAAAUAUA